CGCUGUCUCGUCCUGCUGAGCCGUUUCGUUCACGAUGUGGCGUGUACUCAGUUCGGUGGUAUGUCUGCCGCGUGAUAAUGAAGGCUCGGUGAGCUGAGAUGUGGCUCAUGAUCUCCGGAAUGGGGUAUGGGGGGCCGUCGUUGCUAUGCGUCUGUUUUCUAUGCAAUUGCCAUGCGCUCCGGUUUGAUAACAGUUGCACAUACUCUAUACCCACGGCGGAUCUGGAUGCGCAGCAACGCAGUGCAAAAACACAGCCAUUCUUCGGCUACGGCCGAGAAGCGCCGAGGAUAGCCAAAAGAAUGGGAAGAUGUUGAUGACUCGGUCAACAAACGCUCUGGCAGUCAGUCCUCCUGCAGCUGGUAAACGGCUAUUUGGUGCGUGCCGUACGGGUAGCACCGAAGUGAUCCGUUUGGCCUGGGGCGCAUAUCCGGUACGUCGUAGAGAUACCCAUUUUUGAUAACCCG